AUGCCAUAUCACCCAUGCCAUCAUCCCCUCAUCCCACUACCCCAUGCCAUCACCCAUGCCAUCGUCCCACCACCCCAUGCCAUCACCCAUGCCAGCCAUCAUCCCACCACCCCAUGCCAUCACCCGAUGCACUCUCACCAACACCAGGAGGAACCCACCACCCUCCAACCCAGUGUCCCACAUCCCAUCACCGCAUCACCCCAUGCCACCACCCCUGCAGGCACACGCUCCACUGCUGCUGCAUGGGCGUCUGUGGAAGCAGCAGUCACCUCAGGGGCCCUCACCGACACCAAAAGGAACUCCUCCUCCUCCAACCCUUCCUCCUCCCCCGCCCCCGCUGCUGCCGGUGCCGGUGGCGGGAGUGCCGCUAAUUCCCGUGCCAGCACCCCCUCACUCCCCGCCAACCGCCUCCCCUCCCGAAAGCACCACAGCGAACGCAAAAUCCCCGGCGCCGCGACCACCAACCCCACCACAAAAAACAGCACCAGCAGCCACAGCAUAGACGGCGCUCGCUCCCGCAGCUGGGCAGGCGUGGGGCCGUACAGGAAAGACGUGAUCCGUUACAUUACCCUAGAUGCCUCUGCAGGCAAGCUAGCUGCGAGUAAGAGUGCUAAGUACCUCUCUUCUCGCCGCUCUGCUGUGGCUCUCUGGCACAAGGCGCAGAAGUUUGCAGGGCCGGUGGGUACGGCUGCUGCUACCGCUGCCAUGCCGGCUGAUACUGUGGCGUUUGCUGUCUCGGCCUUUGCCGGCCGACCAAUCACACCGUCGUAUGCUGCUGCCGGUGCCGGUGCUGGCGGUGCUGGUGCUGCUGGUGGUGCUGAGUCGGCGGGGGUGGCAGUGCCGUAUGUGCGGCGGGAGGAGCAGGAGCGCAUGACCACGUUCUGUGUGCUCGCCAUUGUGCUUAAACUGAGGGACGAGUUCAUUGAUGGCGCCUCUGGGCUCGACGACGUGGUGGAUGUGAGUGUAAUGGGGGGGAGGGAGAGGGGAGGAGAUGAUUUGGUGGAUAGCUUCAAUGCAGCAGCAGGGUCGUGGGACGAGAAGAAACUCUGUAAGCGGGCUAGUUUCAAUGCAGCAGCAGGGUCGUGGGACGUGAAGAAGCUCUGUAAGCGAGCUGUGGACCUCCACCGCCAGUACCUUGUACUGAAACUGGCCGCGCAUGAGCUAGGUCGGACCCUCUGA